ACAAAGGAAGCAACAGAAAAUCAGAGCUUAUUAAUAACUCUUCCUUCGACCUCCAAUAACCCGAAAAACUAGGGUUUUGAGUUGAAUUCCAGGGUUUUUGCGAGGUUGAGGAAGAGCUUGAUGGAAGAAAUUGUAGAAGGCGUUAACUCCAUGAACUUGAGUUCCGAUUCAUAUGAUUCAUAUAAGAAGAAUCGGAUUCAGGUCUCCAACACCAAGAAACCCUUGUUCUUCUAUGUCAAUCUCGCUAAGAGGUACAUGCAGCAGCAUGAUGAGGUUGAACUUUCUGCUCUGGGAAUGGCAAUUGCCACAGUUGUUACAGUUGCCGAAAUUUUGAAAAACAAUGGAUUGGCUAUUGAGAAGAAGAUUGCAACCUCAACUGUUGAUAUCAAGGAUGACUCUAGAGGAAGACCUGUCCAGAAAGCUAAGAUUGAGAUAUUGCUGGGUAAAACCAAAAACUUCGAUGAAUUGAUGGCCGCUGCUGCUGAGGAAAGGGGGGAGAUAGGUGAUGCAGACGAGCAGAGUUAAAAGAUGGAUUACGUUUGCUAUAUCUUUUUAUUUUAGCUAUAAUUUUGUUAGCGAUAUCGAAUUUUCCUUCAAUUAUUUGUAGCUCUUUACAGAUACGCUAGAAGCUGAGGCACUAUUUUAUUUUCAUUGUGAGUUUGUUCAUAAAUUUCGUUUUAGGGAUCUUCACAAUUUAUUUGGAGUCUUUCUUUUACCAUAUAGGAAACCAAGUUUUGUAUUCUU